AUGUAUUUGCUACUAGAUAAAUCGACCGCUUUAUUUACUUGCUUUCAGUUCAGCGCCACCGUCUUCGCGCUUCUCCUUGCCGUGGCCACGGCGGGACUCCUCAAGGGUGCCCUCCUCGGCGGUCUCGGCGCCGGUGCCCUGGGCCUUGGCCUGGGCGCUUUGAGCCACGGUGGAGGCUUCAAGGGAGGCUUCGGCCCUAGCUACGGAUACGGUGGCGGCUUUGGUCACGGCCCCAUUUACGGAGGUGGAUUCGGUGGUGGAUACGGUGGCAGCUACGGCGGCUCCUACUAUGGCACCUACGGAGGAACCUACGGGGGACACUACGGAGGUGGCUUCGGUGGCCUCGGUUUGGGCCAUGGCAUUGGCCACGGCUUCGGUGGAUUUUACGGAUAA